AUGACCACGACUACAUCCACGCCAACCCCUACUGUCACCACCAGUACGUACAACAAUACUGCAGCUACAACAACAGCGACAACAACUGCCGGGAUAUCCACGUACACUACCCCUGAGCAGACUUCCGAAUACACCAAUCAUCUCAGUGAAACAACGUUAACCACCAUUAUCACAACACCAACAGGCAUCAUGCCGACAUCAACUGCUGCAGAGACCAGUUCAGCGUCAGCUACUACUCCAAGCCCAAUAAGCUCUACAACUAUUCCAACGACCACCACACCUACGAUGUCGACGUCAACCGGCACUGUGACCAGUUCGGCAUCAACUACAAAUCCCAGUCCGGAAACUUCACCUACAAUACUAACCACAGCAUCAGCGACCAUGUCUUCGUCAACUGCUGCUACAGCGACCAGUUCAGCUUCAACUACUACUCUGAGUCCAACAACGUCUACCACGAUUGUCACAACAGCAACAUCGACGAUGUCGACAUCAACCGUUGGAGCGACGAGUACACCUUCAACUACUACUCUGAGUCCGACAACCUCAACCACGAUUGUCACAACAGCAACAUCUACGAUGUCGACGUCGACUGCUACAGUGAGCAGUUCAGCAUCAACUACAACUUUAAGUCCAACAACGUCAACGGCGAUUGUAACGACACCAACAAGCACCAUGUCUACGUCAACUGCUACAGCGACCAAUUCGGCUUCAACUACUACUCUGAGUCCAACAACGUCGGCCACUAUUGUCACAACAGCAACAUCGACGAUGUCGACAUCGACUGA